AUGCUACCCCUCGAGCUCAUAGAUGUUGUCUGCGCAAAUCUUGCACCCACAGACCUCGCACGUCUCUCAUACAUAUGCUCUUCUGCUCAUCAAGCAGCCCAGAGACAGCUAUACAGACAUGUUUCGAUCUCUUCGUCGCGUCGAAACCUGGGCGUAGUGCUCACUAUAGCUCGCAAACCACAGAUUGCGCACUACGUGCGGUCUUUUUCGAUGGAACUUGAUUCUUAUUUUACCCUUCUCCGACCAUUCUACCAACAAGUCUCGCGCGCGUUAGCUAGCAUGACAGAGCUCACCUCUCUGCGCCUUUUUGUCGAUCCUACUGCAAGCUGGGUUCUACAAGAUAUUUCGCUUUCUAGACUCGUACAUUUCGCCUGUCCGUUCAAUUUGGACCCGCACGUCUCCAAUUUCUUGAAGAACACACCUGCGCUUCUAGAACUGGAGGUCGAUUCCACACCCUGUGGCCUCGGACGCCCCGCAUCCGCCCUCGCACCUUCAUCGGUCACUCAGCUACAACACUUUGUUGGCUCUUCCCUUGCAGCUGAGGUCACCAUUCCCUCUAGACCUGUACAAAGUGUACAGUUGACGGCUGGUGAUCUUACAGAAGAAGUCGCCACCCGGCUGUCAGAAUCCACUGCUGGUAUCGCUAUCCUAAGCGCCACGACUAGCUCUGCUCCCGCUACACUGCUGCAGCUGCUGUCGCAGAGGAUGCAAUGUCUUGUGCAUGUACAAUUAUUGACAACGUACAGCUUUCCUGAAGCUCCCGAUGUCACCUUCUACGAACGUAUUGCUGGGGCUCUCAAUGCUUUUCCUGAUCUGCAGACUUUUGAAUUGAGCGGGAUGCAUUGGGGCUCGAAAGAGCUCAAAGAUUCCGACAGGCAUAGGGUUUGGCAAUCCCAACCGCUGAAAUCAGAGUUAAACUCUAGCCCCGAAUAUUUAGAAAUCGAUCCCUACUCUGAUUUGUUUUUCGCAUAUUGA